AUGGCGACCUUGACGCCCGUUCCUGUGACUCUCCGCGAAGACAAAGUCCCAACCAAACAGGAUGUCAGAGACAUCAUCGGCACAUUCCUAACGGAAGAAUGGCCUACUGUGGAUCCCGAGACCCUAACCAUGUCAUACCAUGCAUCGUUUGCCAACGCUCACUGUCCCGUUGAGCGACCGAAGCCGAAGCCAGAUACAGGCACAGACUCACCGAUGGAGCCAUUAAAGGUGUUUAUCAAGUUUCAUAGUGGUAAUGCCACCGGGGGCAUCCUCGACGUCUUCAAGAAUCUGGCACCAAGCAAGCAGGAGGAAGCACUUCUCUGUUACGAGUACGGUCGGUCCGGACUAGGAGCCAACGUCUAUGGAUUCUUCAAGACGCGGGAUGGCACGCUCGGGAGAAUCGAUGAGUUCCUAGAGGCACGGAACAUGGAGCCGGAGGAUGUUGAGAAGUCGGUUAUCCGAGCGGAUGUUGCUAAAGGGCUGGCCAUGUUCCAUGUCUUGAAGCCGGCGCUGGAGAAAAAGCCUGUCGAGCUAUACUAUGAAGCUAUCAUCGAUGGACUCGAGAAGUACUACAUGAUGGACAAAUUAAAGGCACUUGGUAAAGAAGGAGGCGUUAGUGUGGACGGGCUAGUGGACUACGACUUUGGAACAAGGGUGAGGAAAGUGGUGGAUAAGCUGGAGUCCAUAGGAGGAAAGGCAGCAUGGUGUAUCCAUGAUAUCCAGUUCGGGAACGUCAUGGUGAAGAAUAAUCCCAAGGACGGAGAGAGCAGCGUUGCGCUGAUUGACUUUGAGUUUGUGAUGCAGAACUACCGAGCAUUUGACAUUGGCGGCCACUUCAUGCAGAAGAUGUUCAAAUGGUUUGAUGACGAGAGCAAGAUUGCAAGGUGCAGGAGGUAUACCGAGGAGGAGAAGAGACACUUCUGUGAGGUGUAUACCAGACAGUGGAACACACUGACCGGGGAUUCGGAUACUGGGGACCAGGUGUUUCUAGAAUCCGAAUACGGAUAUAUGUUGGCCAUUUCGUUUGACCUCCAUAACAUGCUGUGCUUCAUGAGUGAAGAGGACGACAAGGACCCGCUGAAUCUUCUCGGACUCAACAAGCUGUUCGAUGAAUUUGUGGAUCAGUAUGCCAAACUUGGCUUAGAAGAUCCAUGA